ACUACUUACCUUGUACCUAACGAAACUAUCCACAUGGUGAUGUGGGAGGAUUAACAACGUGUAAUCUUACAGGUCAUUCUGUCAAUACCUAAUCCCGAAGUCAUCAGUGAAAGUAGACAGUCUAGACUACCUUCGCCGUUAUCCCGAUUCCCGAUUCCCAGCCCACUUCCCACUAAGAUCUAAGAUUGGGAGACAGUGAGAUUAGGGGGCCAACUUGUCCGUCCCGGGAUACACGCGAGGUCAUCCACUCUGCCACUCUGCUACUUCUAAGUCCUCGCUUGUAACAUAGAUUGCUUACGUGAAGCGGGGGUGAUGAUUAGGGGGAAUAACUUACAGAUAUGUCCUCUUCACAAAAGAGUUGGGAAUGUUCCUUUCCUGGUUGUGGUAAAAAGUUCUCUCGAAAAGAGCAUCUAACCCGACAUAACCUCGGUCAUAAUCCAGAACAUCAAUAUAAAUGCCACAUAUGUGGACGACGUUACGCAAGAAGCGAUGUAUUCAAAAGACAUGUGAAGCAACAUAAUCCCCAAGAUACCCAGUCUCCGGACUCACGAAGAAUAUGCUUGGCAUGCGGUGACCGAAAUACUCCAUGCGAUGGGAAUUCGCCUUGUGGAGCAUGUAUUUCGAAUUGGACUAACUGUCGUUGGAUUGAUUCAGACAAUAGCCAUGCGGCUACUGCUGAGCAGGCCGUCGUGAUACCACCCAGUAGUCACACUCAGGCAACAUGGUUUCAACCCAAUCCAGAGGUUUGGAUGUCUCAGCAAUUCUUAGCAACGCAUCCAUACCUCUCAUCGGUCCCGAAUGACUUGAAUCCAGAACAUCCAAUUCAGGGCGUCGGCACUAUAGAAGCUACAAAUUAUACGCCUCCUACGUCAGAUAUUAGCGCCACCAAUGUCGAGCCUAUGCUCUAUGAGCCAUCAAAUCAUAACCCCCAAGAUUCCCCUCAGCUAACCCCACCGCUAGCAUCGUCGCAGCAGCGGAAUAUCUCCAGGUCGCCGGGGUCCGCCGAGGUAGUGAUAGACCUACAAGCUAGCAUCGACAGAAAUUCGCCCGAAACCCAAAGGCUCAUUCAGCUAUUCUUCGAUGAAAUUGAUCCGUACUGGCCUAUCUUGCAUUCAGCCACAUUCGAGAUAGAAGAGGCUUCAACGACCUUACUAGCGUCUGUGAUGAUGCUGGCCAGCUGGUUUGAAAGCGGACAUGAACAUCAUAAGCUUGCCCCCUUGAUAUUCGAAGAAGUAAACCGGAUUCGAACGGACCUUACUCCGCCAAUCCAUUUAUUGCAAUGUGUUCUAUUGUAUAUAAUAUAUGCUACGAGCAAUCUGACUACAGAUGGAAUGGUUGCAAGAGCACUCAGCCUCGACGCAUGGCUAAUAUCAACAUGUCGGUAUCUAGGAAUCUUCAAUGGCCAAUUUGCGUGUCAGGAAAUGCUCGGAGAGGGUUGUCCAUUUCUAGCGUGGCGUGCACAGGAACAACUAAACAGACUUGCGUUCUCUGUUCUUCGUGUCGACGCUUAUCUCAGUAUCCUAUUAGACCAUCCCCCAUCGGUGCGAUAUCAGGAGCUUUGCAUUCCUCUACCUAAGUCUCGUCAGCUCUGGGCCGCCGCCAACGAGCCAGAGAGACGUAAACUUCAAUGGAACGAACCCGCUGGGCGCGAGAAAGCGCUCUUUUCGUUCUUUAUGCGCGACGCUCUUAAUCCUUCUCGCGAAGGUACUCUUCCCUACUGUCUCACCGACGUCGACUACCACCUGAGCACGUGCGCAACGCAGACGCACAUCUGGGAAGCGGCGCGCGAAGCUCAUAGCGCCAUGUCGGACGAGAUCGCACAGGUGAUAGAUCCCCGUACUUUUGUCGAGCGCGCAUACCCACACCUGGAUCUCUGGCGUGAUAAGCGCAAGGAGCACUGCGAGAUUCUUAGCAGCUAUUUCGCGGGCAAUUUGACCGGCGACGAGCAUCAGCUAGGCCCGCUAACAUUCACGCUAAUGUAUAUGGCAAAUUUGAAGCUACAUUCGCCCAUGAACGUCUUGCGCGUCAAGGGCCAUUACUACAAGUCGCGUCCAGGCGCCUCUAUUCCAACCCGCAAGCCCCGCGCCCACCUGCAUAGCUGGAUAUCAUCUCCUUGCCCACGCUUCGCCCUGUGGAAUGCGGCCCAAGUAUGCCGAAUUUUCCUCAUCGAAUCUGGGCGCUCCGGCGCCCACACCAAUAGCAAUGGUAACAGUUACCACUCCCGCGCACGCCUUCGCCUUAACCCAUUGCUCAUUCCCGGCGUUUUGAUGAGCGCUAUUGUGGCCUGCUCAUAUGUCCGACAUACACAGACCUGCGGAUAUUGCCGCGCGGCCCCCUCUCCUCAUACACCAUGUUCCGACACAACUAACCCCGCCACCUCCUGUACCGCCUCUAUCAAUACUCCCGCAAAUAACAACAUGACUUCCACCCCUCCUUUCCAAAACCCUCUCUCCUUUAAUAAUACCGCUAUGACAGGCGUCAUUCCCGAAGAGGAAGCGAUCAACUUAUUUAGCCUGAACGACCAUGACCCGGUCCUGCUUAAUUGGCAGCUCACGGGCCACGGAACUCCGUACUGGGGCACCGGGGACGCGCGGAUUCCGCUCUGCGCUUGCAGGCUCCAGGAUAUCGCUAGCUGGUUUCGAGAGGCGUUUGCCGACGACGAAGGCGCCGAAAUGGAAUUCGUUAUUUUUCUAGCGGAGUUAAGUCGCGAAUCGUGACUUUGUACACCUAUUUAGUUGCAUCGCAUUUAUUAAAUCGACUGGGUGUCUUUUUUAUCUAUACUUCCUAAGAGCGAUCUAUUUUCUUCUUCUUCUCCAUCUCAGCUUGGGCGGCUCCUUACUUCGAAUAUAUAACAACCUUUGGAAAUUUGUAUGAGAGGAAUUCAUGUCACGAGCGUUCGCGGUUCUGGGCGUAUAGAUGGAUGAUUCGACGAAUACUAUUAUUAUUAUUAUACCUAGCUUAGAUGUAGCUAUGUAAGUAUAUACCUACCUAGUAUACAUGGGUACAUAGCUACGGGGAUGUAGCGAUUUGUAGCUAGUUCUGUCGUUACAGGGCGCGAGGGUAGAAAUACUUAGAUGCAGAUGACAUACGUGGGAUAUGUGUGUCGUGGUUUAGAAAAUAUAAGUUAAAUGUUACCUACCUA